AUGUCGUUCGUCAUAUCUUUCAGCUACGAUAAAUACAAGUAUCUUGAUGCUAUAAAUCUGCCGUCGCCAUACAAAUCGUUUCAGGAUCUGGAAUAUGGGUCGCCCACUCCGUCCCGUAUAGUCAGACUCCAGUACAAUAAUAACAACAAUAUCAACCGAUCGGCCGAUUCGCUGUACAUGCUGCUGCUGCCUUUGAGAAGCUCAGCAUAUAGACAUAGAAACCGUACACCUACUCCAGAAGCUGUGAAUUCCAACACGAAAAAUAGCCCGGGUUCGGGCCCAGGUUCAGGUUCUUCAGCAGGAUCAGCAGGACAUUCGAGAAAUUCAUCUUCUGGCUCAAACUAUCAUAGCCCGGUUUCCGGAGGCUCUAGCAUCAAUAGUCCAGGCAGUUCAGGACACGGCUCUCUAAAGCUUACAUACACAUACAAUAAGCGGGUUCCAGAAGCUCUUGAUCUGAUUGGCCAGUACAGCGAAAGAUAUGUCACCGGUAAGUUCUCUCCUUCUGGACAGACUUCAGUAGUACACAACCAACAACUAGAGCAGGAAUGGUAUGCGGACGUAACGACUGUAGCAGAUAGGCUCCACCUCUUGCGAGAAUUGUAUCGAGCCACACAAUUGAUCAAAAAGAGAAAGAUCGCUGGCAAGUUUGACGCCGGCAGUUUCCUUCCAGUGGUGGAUGUAACUGCAGCUACGAAUUCAAAUAGCCCAUUGCAUCUGACACCGUUUGGUCUGGAUGACGAUGAAACAGAACGACAGUUCAAUGCCAAUCUGCUGCAGCAGGAAGAAGACGACAGUUCCAGCAAUAGCAAUACCGACAACUCGUUGCCGCUUGGUCGGAGAACGCCCAGGAAAAGGGUCCAGUUUCUGGUAUAG